UGGAUUCCUCUUCGCUCUUCCACCUGCCGAGUUCUACGCGUCUUUGAUACCUUCGACGCGCCCUCUGUGCUCUGUGCCGCGCAUCUGUCGUCCCAUCUCGCUCGACAUGUCCGUUCAACGCUGCAUCACGAAACGCGCCUCGCUGGACGAACUACACAACGAGUUGCUACUCGAGAUCUUGUCCUAUUUCGGGGACCAGAAAAAUCUUCCCAAGCAAUACAGAGCUACCUACACGCUCUCGCAUGUGAAUCGGCGCUUGCGUGCCUUCGCGCUAUCGAUCCUUAACCAGGAUCUUUUUGUGCCUACAUGCAAGCAAUUCAUAGCCGCUCUCUCAUCUCUCCGACAAAACGGCCGUGCACGCCGUAUACGCCACGUACGCAUAGGCCAGUCGAAGGAGCCCAUGCCGUACAUAGGUUCGUUGCCGGUGCCCUGGUGCACGUAUAUGUCCGGUAGCCUACCGCGACUGAAGUCGUUCUCUUGUUGGCAAAGCAUUAUAAUGCCUUCACACCUGUGCCUUCUCCAAGGCUCGCGGCACCUCACCGACCUGAACAUCGUGCUAUUGGAAGCCGAGUUCCCCGUGGACUUCAGGCGCUGGCGCAAACUGUGCACGCUCCGUGUCGAAUUCUGCGCCAAGAUUGGAGACUUCGUCUAUGACCAUCCAGUGUCAUUCCCCUCCUACGCCCACCUCACCACUCUCGCCGUGGACGACCACGUUGGCUCGGAAUGGCUAGAUGAUCACCUUCGCCGCGCCCAUUUUCCGAGCCUUCGUGUUCUGAACCUACAGAACGCGACAUCCCCGCCAUGGCUCGUCUACCAAUUCGUACACAGGCAUCCAACCCUCCUUGAGGUCAACGUCAGCUUUGACGAAGACCUAGAUUGCUGGCUCGCCUUCGAUCGCCUGUGUAAACUCAUCAACGGUACCGGAACGUGGGGACCCGAAGACUCCGAGUCGAAAGUCGACGACCCAAAUUUUACCAUACAGGGGAUUCCAUCGUUGGCCGAGGAAACAUAUUGUGUGCCGACGCGGUUCGCCUUUUCCCGUGUCCCGCUAUAUCCCGAGGCGACGCUGGCGGACCAGCCGGAGGGCCCGCAGCGAGAACGUUACACAGCUACGGGUCUGGCGCUGCACAUCGUCGACCAGUGCUUCUGGGAAGACUACGGUCCAGAAGUCGUACGGCUGCACCAAUUCCUGGAGCGGAUGCCACGCGUGUUUCCACAGCUGGCGGAGCUGCGUCUCGCAUACGACACGCCGUACAUAGAUGAUAGCUUCCAAAGAAUCAUGCAGUCCUGCGCCGAAAGUCUGUCGAGCUGGAGCUCCCUCCGCAGACUGACGUUCUCGUGGGGAAGACUGGCCGACGAUGAAGCAGAUCCAUCCACCGAUUUCUCUUGGCACCCCUCACAGGCUCCCGAAUAUUUGGGAUACGUACUCGAUGGCAUUCAUCCUCCGAUAUACAUCCCGCGGGAAAUGUUUGAGACGCGUCCAGAGCUAAUGGAGGAAUUGCCACCGACGGGCGAGCCGUACACUUUCGAUCAACUGGAGAUGGUGUUCGGUCUGCACCCACGCGAGGCCGAAAUCAUGAAACGCAUUAUCCGCGCCGAGUGCGACCAGGAUAUGGACGACGACACUCUCAUGCAUACCCCAGGUCUUCCGCUGCAAGCAUGGGUCGCCAGACACGAACCCUUCGUGCUGAAGAUGAUGCGCCAGCUCGCCGUCAACUGCCCUACCCUCGAGUCGAUCGCAUGGUAUCCCAUCGGUCAGGCCAUCUGGUGCUGGCCUGCUCGCUGGCUCUGGAGGGUGCACAGAGAGAAGGAGUCGCACUCCGUUCGCAUGCUCACGAACGAGUUCACCUAUCGGGGUUGUUCGAAGGGUGACCCUCCGGAGUUCCACAUCCUCGUGGGACAAGAGUUGGCGGUGGCUGAAGAACACCCCGCGAUGGUACGUAGGAAGGACAGGCUAUAGAAGGUCACCAAGGACUUAAUGGUAUCGUUCUUUUGAUCUUGAUCUUGAGUGCAACAGCGGCUCGUUUCAGUCCGCGUUGUGUCGACGAACUGCUUCACCCUUAUUGAGGUUCAUCAGUGCCGUAUUCUUUGCCUGAAUCUUUCUAUUUGCUUCUUGGUGCUUGGAGGUAGUAGUGUACUCACCCUUGUGUAACAGUUUAGUGCGACCCUUAUACAUCACGUUCUG